AUGGCAACGCCUUCACAUGUCACUAUUGAUAAUCUCAAUGGCAAAUGGACAAUUGACAAGAAAUUAUCAUCUAAUUUAGAUCCAGUUCUUGCCUUACAAGGUGUUAGCUGGGUCCUUCGGAAAGCAAUUAACGCAUCGACUGCAAUUCUCGAUGUAAAGGAGCACCGUGAAACUGAUGCUGCGGCCGGCCAAACGACUGUGCGAAUUGAUGUUGUGCAAUAUACUACAAGCGGGUUACCCGGUAUAAAUGAGUCACGAAUUCUUGACUGGUCAAGCUCUUCCCAAGAAAAUCAUAUACUAGGAAAGAGCGAUGUUCGGGCACGCUUCAUCCAGGGCAAACGUAACUCUGAGGGAAAUAUUUUGCCAGAUUUAGACCUCCAAAUACCGGUGGAACACGAAAUGGUGAAAAAAUUCUUAAUUGGCGAAGUGCUUGAGGACGGCACGCCCUGUGAAGGAUUCUUGGUGGAAAAUCCACAGGAGGAAGGAAUUUGGGUGCAGCUGUACGCUUGCAGCCACAAGGCUGGAUGGACAGCAGAGCAGGUAUGGGGCUUUGAAAUGAUAAACCAAGAGCGUCGAUACACCCGACGCUUAGUUGUUGCCAACCGAGACGGAAAAUUCCAACUAGCCAGACUGGUGUACAACUUUAUAAAAUCUAAUGGCGAAUAA